GGCUGAGUCUGCAGACAGUCAGUCAGGAGGACCGGAGUCCCAGCGGCAGUUUAGGAGACUCCUGAGCGGGGAAAACUGCGUCCAAUACGGGAGAACUCAGAAGGGGGAAUCCGACAUGAGUUGGGGAACGGAGCUCUGGGACCAGUUUGAUAAUCUGGACAAACACACUCAGUGGGGGAUCGAUUUUCUGGAGCGCUACGCAAAGUUUGUCAAGGAGAGGCUGGACAUCGAGCAAAACUACGCCAAGCAGCUACGGAACUUGGUAAAGAAAUACUGCCCGAAACGCUCUAAGGAUGAGGAGCCGAGGUUCACAUCAUGCCUGUCAUUCUACUCCAUACUGAAUGAACUCAACGACUAUGCCGGUCAGAGGGAGGUGGUGGCGGAGGAGAUGGCUCACAAGGUGUAUGGAGAGCUGAUGAGGUACGGCCAGGACCUCAAAGCUGAGAGGAAGCACCAUCUACAGGAGGGCAGGAAGGCCCAGCAGUAUUUGGAUCAUUGCUGGAAACAGAUGGACAACAGUAAAAGGAAGUUUGAGAGAGAGUGUAAAGAAGCAGAGAAAUCCCAAGUGACCUACGAGCGGUUAGAUAAUGACAUAAACGCCACCAAAUCAGAAGUGGAGAAGGCCAAAGCCCAGUUCUACCUUCGCACUCACAUGGCUGACGAGAGUAAGAACGAGUACGCUGCUCAGCUACAGAACUUCAACGCCGAGCAGUGGAAACACUUCAACAAUGCCAUACCACACAUCUUCAAGAAUCUGCAGGACAUGGACGAACGUCGGACGGUGAAGCUCGGCGAGACAUACCGGAACUUUGCCGAGGCGGAGCGGAGAGUCAUUCCCAUCAUCUCCAAAUGUCUAGAAGGAAUGGUUUCUGCCGCCAAAGCUGUCGAUGAGCGAAGGGAUUCGACCAUUGUCGUGGAGUCAUUUAAGUCGGGCUUUGAACCUCCGGGCGACUUCCCCUUCGAGGACUUCAGUCAGAACUUGAGCAGAACGGGAUCAGACGGGACCAUCAGCAACACACCCAAAGGAGACCGAGACAGAGAUGGGGCCCCGGGGCCACGAUCCGACCCAAAACACCCUAUGAGCAGAACCAAGAACAAGCUUUGGCUGUUUGGGAAGAAACCAAAGUCCCCUUCCUCCUCUCCUCCUCCUCCACCAUCCUCCUCCUCCUCCUCCUCCUCCCGUCCCCGGCCCACCUCCCAUCUAUUCCCUCCGCCCCGGUUCAGUUCUGACCUUGUGAGCCACUAUCUGUCUGAGAUAAAGACUACAGUACCAAGAAUCCCCCAGAAUUUGAGGGUCCUGAAGAGAGGGGCCCCAUCUCUGGAGGAUUUUAGUCACUUACCCCCCGAGCAGAGGAGGAAGAGGCUGCAGCAGAGGAUCGACGAACUCAGCAAAGAGCUCCAGAAAGAGAUGGAUCAGAGAGAUGCCCUGAACAAGAUGAAGGAUGUGUACGAGAAAAAUCCACAGAUGGGAGACCCCAACAGCCUGCAACCUAAAAUAUCAGAGACCAUCUGUAACAUGGAGAAACUGCGCUCGGAAAUCCACAAAAAUGAGACCUGGCUAUCUGAGGUGGAGGGAAAGCAGAGCUCCAGAGGAGACAGAAGACACAGCGCCGACAACCACCACCACACUCCUCAAGGCAGAGAAAGUCCUGAGGGCAGUUACACAGACGACACCAGUCAGGAGCACCACACGCCUCACCACCGCUCCAGUCCUCCACAGCCAAACCCCGACCCUCAUGAGUUUGACGAUGAAUUCGAUGACGAUGACCCGCUGCCUGUCAUCGGACACUGCAAGGCGCUGUACUCCUUUGACGGUCAGAACGAGGGGACGCUGGUGAUUGCAGAAGAUGAGGUGUUGUACAUCAUCGAGGAGGACAAAGGCGACGGCUGGACGAGGGCGAGGAAGCAGAGCGGAGAGGAGGGCUACGUUCCCACCUCCUACGUAGAAAUCACUCUGGAGAAAAACAGCAAAGGUGCUGUCACCUACAUCUGAAGCUACGCUGUCCUCUGUCCUCUCCUCCAUUCCUCUGUCAUUGUCUCCAUCUCUGCUUUUUGUUUCUCAACGUAACACUAUAACGGAAAAAGACAACAUCUGAGCACCUGCAUGGACAUUCAUCCGUUUCCCUUUCCUGAUUCCCAUCCCACCUCUUUAACCCUCAGUCUGUUUUAUUAACCAUUCGUCCUCAUCCUCCGCUCAUAUCUGUGGGACUGUUUCAGAGGUGAGUGUCUGACCACAAGGGGAAAACAGCAGGAAAAACUGUUUUAUGGUGUGUUUGAGUGACGUUUGUAGUGUGUAUUUGAGGCAUUUCUCUGUAUCUGUGUGUGAAAGAUGUCUCCACUGCUGUUUUGAGCCCCAUGUCAGGGCUACACCACUUCUUGUCGAUCAAAGUGUUUAAGAUUGUUUUAUGUAAUAUAUUAGAACCAAUUUAUUUUUAUUUUUACCCAUUCCUUUAAUUAUUGUUGUUUUAAAACUCCCUGAUUUUAAGCUCUUUGGAUUCAUGUCGACAUAAUUUGAAGCGAAAGAUGUUCUGAUUUCAUCCGUUUUUAUUUCUGUCUGAUUGCAGUGUGUGUGCAUAUGUGUAUAUAUAUGUGUGUGUGCGUGUGUGUUUUGUGUGUGUACAUGCACAUUUAUUUUUUUUCUGUGGUAUCUGUGCCAUCACACUAGCGGUGGAAUUACAGAGGUUUGUCUGGUUUCAGCCUUGGUGGUGUUGUAUCAAACAGUUAAAAAAGAUAAAAAUCGCUCAAUGCAGUUUUCUUACAGUGUCCAACUGUAGAAGGAAAGUUUUCACAUUAGACAUGGUUACAACUUGUUGGACUAAUUUAGUCUUUUCAUAUUGCGUUUCCUUUCAGAGUAGAGCUGAAAAUGUUAAGGAUAAGGCUGGCGUCAUUCUGCAUUUUUCUUACUGUCAGCAAAUCCCAAGAAAGCACCAAGAUUUGUUUUUCAGUACUUUCCCUACCUUGUCUGUGGCACUCAGCCCCAAGCUCAUUCAUUUGUUAAGACGUUAAUCUUUCAAAAUGGGUCACAAAUUUGUAGUUUAAUUUUUAAAAAGAGGCUAAAUAAUUUUUUUUAAAUAACUGGUCACUGUGGUUUGUAGCAGACGUUACUAAAACUGUAGUAAAUAGUGGAUUUAUUGGGGAUUGGGGACUUUGAAAACGUUCUAAAAAAUAAGGAAGUGGUUUCAGUUCAGUCGAUGGAGCUUGUAAGAUAUUUUACAGGAUUAUUCUCAUAAUUGUCAGUGACAGAUGAUGUAUUUCAUGUUAUCUCGUACUCACACUGGUAGUUCUUGGUCAAUGUUUGAGUCACUGAUUAAAAACUGCUCGGACCAUCA